AUGAGCCGCUACGAUAGCCGCGCCGUCGAUCCGGACUCCUACCGCGACCGGAGAAGGUAAAGGUUCUAGUCCUUGUGAGAAAGAUGGAGAAAACGAAGGAGAAAAUGGGUGGUUUGUCUGACUGGAUCUCGGCAAGCGGCGUUUGGGGGAUUGGGUGAUGUGCUGGAUUUUCUGCCUGUCCGUCUCUCUCAUUGUUCUUUCCCGCGUUUUCAGUGACGUGGGGUUCGGUAGCUCUCAGAGCUAUGGGAGGAGCUUGGACUCAUCCAGCAAGAGGGAGAAGAACGCUGCCUCGGACCUGGACGGGCUGACUCCUUUCGAGAAGAAUUUCUAUGUGGAGUCCCCUUCGGUAGCGUCCAUGACAGAUGAAGAAGUAGAGGCAUACCGGCAAAGAAGGGAAAUCACUAUUGAGGGUCGCGACGUGCCAAGACCUGUGAGAGAAUUCCGUGAUAGUGGGUUCCCAGGUACGUAACACAUUUUUUCCUCCUCCCUUUCUCUGCGGUGUCAUUUGGGCUUAAUUUGGGAUGCAUAAUUAUCGGACCCUCUUGGAAAGCUGGGCCAUAACCUAAACCUUGGAUUGAUUUGCGCAUCCUUCUCCCGCUCUUUAAGUCUAAUCGAGUUCCAGUAUCAUCUUCUGCCCAUGAGGUACAGUGGGGAAAAGUCCUAUAUCUGUUGUUAUCACUCUUUGGAUAUCUCGAUUUUUUUAAAUAACUUUCAAUUGUUAUUGUUAUUUGAAUUGCUAUGUAGGUAACAAUGAAAGGGACUCCUCAAAGGCUUUGUUAAUGUGUAAAAAAGCUCGAUCCCUAGGACGUUCUCUAAUCUUCGAACAGUUUUUUGACUCAUAUUUUAUAUAUGGCAUCAAAGCCUGUAAUAUUUAGUUAAGCUUGUUUGGAUCGUAAAACUAUGCUUCUGAGAUGGAUAUGUUUGCCCGAGAACUGUCUUUUUGGGGUGAUGAGAAACAUUCCAGGUCGUUAACUUACUAUUUUAGAGGAAGUUCCGUUAUCCCUGGAACGCCACGUCAAUAUUUCGUCAUGGCAACACAUUAUCACUUGCAAUAUAUUUUCAUCUUUCCAAAUGUUCCGCGAAGCCUGGCAAUAGCAAAUUCUUGACGAGUAUCAGAUUGUAAAUACUUAGUUUUGGUUCUUUCCGGGAGUGGAAUAUCAAAGGUUGUUUAAGUGUUUUUCAAAGUAAAGCUCCAUCACAAGUGACAUGGAACAGACCAUCGCUGAAUCAAUUUUGUAGAAGAGGUUCCUUAGAGGGUAGGGCCAUUGAAAAUAACUUUCUUUGUAUAUGAAAGCUCUUACAUGGUUUCUUUCGUCUAUGUUUUGUUGCUGAUUUAUAAAUCAAAGUGAAAGUGUGGCGUAGAAAUCACAUGAAAUAUCAUAUGUAAAAAAAAUCAAUAUCAUUGCAAAAUAGCAAAAAAAGGAGAGAAAAGAGGAUGCACAUUAAACAUACCAUCGUCCGUCUCUAUGUCCUUGCCACCUUUGAGAUGAUUGGAUAUCUUGAAGAUUCCUCACAUCCUCCCUUCCUAAUCAUCCCAUGGGCAUGACAAGCAUGGGUAACACCAAAUUGGUCAACAGGAUAUGCUGCAUCAAUACAUCCGCUAUCAUUUGGUGCAGGCCAUGCAGCCAGACAAUGUCUGCAUGUAGCCAGACGAUGGAUCCUUAAUUUUCUUCUAUUAAUUACUUCUACAGACGUUCUGAAGUGUCAGUUUCAUUCUUAGAAAGCAUAAAAACCUCUAAUAUUAAUCACCAUGUUUUUCUAUGCAAAUAGUAAGCAUUACUGACGCAAUUAGGUUUGUAUAUGUGUACAGCGUUAUUCACCAUGGUUAACAUUUUCAGUUUUGGUACCUAUGAUCUUUGGCUGUCCAUGAAGUUAAUCUUGUUGAGAAGAUUUUUUCAUUCAAAAUUACCUAUUUGUUUGUUCAUCAUCUAAAUGUUACGUAACUACAUCUCCUUUGUAAAUCAAAAUUUUAGUUUUUUAUAAAUCUACGCGUUAGUGUGUAUUGAAUUGCCAUCGAAAAUGCUUUUAUAGUUUAUAUGAAUGAAAGAGUAAGCGUCGGAUUAAAUGGAAUCAUAUAUUCUGAGUUUCUAUUUGUAGGGAAAAUUGUAUCGGGUGCUCAAAUAACCCUGACAUGCACUUUUAUUAUUCUUUCUCUCCCUCUCUCUAUCUCUCAUACUGGUAUGUGUAAAAGUUCGUACAAUAACAAUGAGUCACUUCCCUCCUUAAAGCAUUAGACGCGCAUAUUAGCUCUCGGGAUUCUUUCAUUUAAUACCAAAGAGUUGGAUUCGAAAUGAGAGGAAAAGAUGAUCUGUAUGUUGUUUGUACAGAGUGAAUUCUCGGAAGAAGCAGUGAUUCGAAAGAUCUUGGAUUCAAGGGCGGAAAGAAGGGAAUGCGAAUGUAACUAGGGAAACAUAGGGAAAAGAACGAAUAUUUUAAUGAAUCAGAGAUUUCGAAAGGAUUUCGCCAAUACACGCAGUUGUAAGUGAUUAUGUUCUGUACUAUUUUUAUGAGAUCAAGGACAGGAAAAAUAAGUGUCAGUGGCCGCCCUUGCAGUAAAAUCAAUUCCUGUAGAUGAGAUUCAAGUUCGUGUUUGUUUGGGAUGUGAGCAGACCAACUUGGUGUAUUGUGACGUAUAAGUAAAAAAAAAAAAUGGUAGAAAGCAAGUGAUUCUUUUUCGUUUUUUUCCUUAUUUCUAUCGCUGAAUACUUGAAGGCAAUUCUCCACCGGAAAAAAGAACUGAUAUUUUCUCAAUCUCCAGAUUAUGUCUUGCAGGAAAUUGUUAAAGCUGGAUUUGUUGAACCAACACCCAUUCAAGCUCAAGGCUGGCCAAUGGCUUUGAAGGGUCGUGAUCUUAUUGGUAUUGCUGAAACAGGGUCAGGAAAGACACUUGCAUAUUUAUUACCUGCCAUUGUUCAUGUGAACGCUCAGCCAUUUUUAGGUGCAAUACUUAUUUUAUUUUCUCCCGUUUUGUUUAUUUGAUAUAAUUCUUUUAUUAUGUUAUUUUGAUGGCGUAUAACCAAGCAGCUAGGUCGUUUGUAUGUAUGCUUAUGCCAUCGUUAUCCUUAAUUUUCUUGUCGUACCAGUGACAUCUAUAUUUUUUGUAUUUCGGAGCUUAUUUCUGUGCAGAAUAAUCUGAAUAAUGUAAAAGCCACUGGAGACAUCAUCUACACAUAAUUGUUGAUCUUGGGGAUGUUGCAUAAUUUUUGCUUUGGAAAUAAAAUCCUAUGUUUUUAUCAGCACAUUUUUAUGUCAGUUUCUCUAUCCUUGAAUUUCAGCACCUGGUGAUGGUCCAAUUGUUUUAGUUCUAGCUCCUACCCGUGAGCUAGCUGUUCAAAUCCAACAGGAAGCAUCAAAGUUUGGUUCCUCAUCAAAGAUAAAAAACACUUGCAUAUAUGGCGGAGUUCCAAAGGGGCCACAAAUUCGUGACCUUCAGAAAGGUUGCUUCUUAUGAAAAAAGUUCCUCGUGAAAAUUACUUUGUUAUAUAUAUUUCAUCUGCGAAAAAAUUCGCUCUUAUUUUGCUUUUCUAACCAGGUGUUGAGAUUGUCAUUGCUACACCUGGGCGGCUGAUUGAUAUGUUAGAAUCACAUCACACUAACCUGCGGAGGGUCACAUACCUAGUUUUGGAUGAAGCGGAUCGAAUGUUAGACAUGGGUUUUGAUCCUCAAAUCAGGAAAAUUGUUUCUCAGGUACUUAAGAUUUUUCAACAUAGAAGUUACUGAGUAAAGACAUGAAGGUUUUUCCCGUAUUAUUAUGUUACCUGUCUUGUAGGAUAUUAUAACCUUCUUUUUUUUUUUUUUUUGGUAGAUCCGACCUGAUCGUCAAACUCUAUACUGGAGUGCAACAUGGCCCAAGGAGGUUGAGCAACUUGCCAGACAAUUCUUGUAUGAUCCAUACAAGGUAAUUUUUUGGCCGCCACUGCAUUUUCCUCCCACUGUUAAUGUCUGACAGUGGUGGCAUCUGAAAUGGCGCAGGUGGUUAUUGGUUCCAAGGACCUGACAGCCAACCGUGCAAUUCGACAGCAUGUCGAGGUCGUUUCAGAGAACCAUAAGUAUAACAAGUAGGCUAUGCUUCGAUCACUUUUGUCUUAAUUUGGACUUUAACGGGGGGUGCAAUUAAAAAUCUCCCUUAUUCAUAUCAGAUUGGUGAAGCUGUUGGAGGAUAUUAUGGAUGGCAGUCGGAUUCUUAUAUUUGUGGACACCAAAAAGGGCUGCGAUCAGAUUACUAGACAGCUUCGCACAGAUGGUUGGCCUGCACUUUCAAUUCAUGGUGACAAAAGCCAGGCAGAAAGGGACUGGGUCCUCUCGGAGUUUAAAGCCGGAAAGAGUCCUAUUAUGAUUGCUACAGAUGUUGCUGCUCGUGGUCUGGGUGAGCGUCAUGACAAGUUCUCUCUUUUCUGAUAAGCUCUGUUGUCACGGAAUUUCUUUCUCAUUAUUUUUGUUAUCAUUGAUCUCAUUAUUUUAAUCACUGACAGAUGUGAAGGACGUCAAAUAUGUGGUAAACUAUGACUUUCCUGGAUCCCUAGAGGAUUAUGUCCAUCGCAUUGGCCGAACCGGUAGAGCUGGUGCUAAAGGAACAGCCUACACGUUCUUUACGGCAGCAAAUGGAAGAUUUGCAAAGGAUCUUAUCAAAAUACUGGAAGAAGCUGGUCAGAAAGUCAGUGCUGAAUUGACUAAGAUGGCUCGUGGUGCCCCACCUGCUUUUCCAGGUUAGCCCUCUCUUCAGUAGGUGACUAAGAAACCUGGAUUCCCUAAAAAUGGAAUGUGUGAAAAUGGUGACACUAGAAAAGCCUUGCAAUUCAAGUCAAAUGAACAAUAUCCCUACAAUAAAUAGCAUAUGCUUGCUUUACAAAGAGACGAGUGGUGCGAAAACGUUAGGUCUUAAAGUUCAGUAAAUGUCUAACAUUGGUGGUAGAAACUGCAGUCCUGUUUUUCCCCUCGCUAUGAAAAGACGACGUCCCUCAUGUACCCUGGUUACUUCGAUCGAGUCUAAUUCAAUAUUUUAUUUAACCAAUAUUGAAGAGAGUGCAGUCUGCGAGGUUAAUUAGGACAAAGUAGCUAAAUUUGGCAAAUCAAUCGAGGAAAAGCCUUCUCGUGUAGUAGACCAUUGAAUGGCUUUAAACAAGAAUAAUCCUGUCCCAUUGUUCUGUAGGAAGAAAUAUUCCUCUAUGUAUUUCCAAUUUUUACUAAGCUAGUACUGGUGGCCAAAUAGCCCUGAAAAUUUUAUAUUUCACUAGGAAAUGAUUCAUUAUCGUAAAUGAUCACCAAUACUGUUGCCUGAUUCUGUGCGUUACUUUUUAUUCAUGUGUUUUUUUUCCAAGUUUGGCCCCUCUGAUAUGCAUUUCUAAGUCACAUUUCAACACCUAUGUCCAUGACCAUCAAAAUUAUAACGUCUACUGGGCAUUCGUGGCGUUGUCAUGGUGUCAAUCAAGACUAGAUAUUUGAGACACUUCAAACAUCCCAACUUUUGUGCUGAUUUAAAACUGGCUUGCAAAUCAUUCAACAGAUAUUUCCAUGAUAACCUGGUCAUAUAUUUUUUAUCAUAGUUCAACCCUUUGAAUGGUGUGCAUGGUUUUCUUUUGAAUGUUAUGCCUUUGUUCCAGGCCUAGAGGGGUCCAGGGUAAUUGUGAAUCGCCAUUGUCUUGACCAGCCAGUUGUGUUCUUGGUGAUUGAACAGGUCUUGGUGGGGCUGGUGAUCGAGGGAGGGCCUUCGGUGCUGGCCGUCCUUACAGCUAG